GAAUCUCUUCUUGUUGCUUGUAGCGAAACCAUGCCAUUUUUGGGCCAAGACUGGAGAUCCCCUGGAUGGAGAUGGGUUAAAACAGAAGAUGGAUGGAAAAGAUGUGAACCCUUUAGUCCUGCACUUGAGGAUGGGAGUAAUCAGCUGAAUGAUAUCAGCCACACUGUUAUCAUAACUGGGGAUGAUGAGAAUGAAGAAGUCUACAAUACUGAAGACUGUGAGUUUGCAGCCAAGAAAAGGAAAAAAGAUCAUUUUAGGAAUAACACAGAUUCACAGUGCUUUUAUCGUGAAAAGUGGAUUUAUGUUCAUAAAGAAAGCACCAAGGAAAGACAUGGCUACUGCACCUUGGGAGAAGCCUUUAACCGCUUAGACUUUUCAAGUGCGAUUCAGGACAUCAGGAGGUUCAAUUACGUGGUCAAACUUUUGCAGUUAAUUGCAAAAUCCCAGUUAACUUCACUGAGUGGUGCAGCACAGAAGAACUACUUUAACAUUUUGGACAAAAUUGUGCAGAAGGUUAUGGAAGACCAAUAUAAUCCACGAUUGAUCAAAGAUCUUCUACAGGAUCUGAGUUCUACUCUCUGUAUACUGAUUAGAGGAGUAGGAAAAUCUGUGUUGGUAGGCAACAUCAAUAUUUGGAUUUGCCGAUUGGAAACUAUCCUUCUGUGGCAACAACAAUUAAAAAAUCUUCAAAUGAACAAGCAAGUCAACAAUGGACUCACACUUAGCGAUCUCCCUCUCCAUAUGCUGAAUAACAUCUUAUACAGGUUCUCUGAUGGCUGGGACAUUAUUACUCUGGGUCAAGUGACCCCAACUUUGUACAUGCUUAGUGAAGACAGACAAUUGUGGAAAAAGCUCUGCCAGUACCAUUUUGCAGAAAAGCAGUUUUGUAGGCAUUUGAUUCCAUCAGAGAAAGGUCACAUUGACUGGAAGCUGAUGUACUUUGCACUUCAGAAAUAUUACCCAAUAAAGGAACAGUAUGGGGACACCUUGCAUUUCUGUCGACACUGUAGUAUUCUGUUUUGGAAGGAUACAGGACACCCCUGCACAGCCAGUGAUCCAAACACCUGUCUCAUGCCAGUAUCUCCUCAGCAUUUCAUUGAUCUCUUCAAAUUUUGAGAUGUUCAGUAGCUGUUCUCCUGUGUUUGUGGCCAUUUUUGUGAAGAGUCAGGCAGGAUGUGUAACGCUUUUUGUGCAAUAUAUUUAAGUGUAAUGUUUUACUGUAAUUUAAAAAAUAUAUAGGGGAGAUUAUCAGAGAGGUUCAUUUGACAUAUUGCUUUUGUGCAGAAUAAAGAGGAGGAAAGGAGAAACAUUAAGAAAAUUUCGUUGUCAGGAAAUCUCCAGUGGACUUUUUUUCAAGUCCAAGAAAGGCCACUUAAUCUCAACGUUAAAUCCAUGCUUUUGACGCCUUAAUAGUUGGGUAAAAUUAUGUAGGGGAGUUUUGAAAAUUUCAUGGAAGAAUUAAACUACUCUUGCAGGGACCAAAGGAGGGGUGUUUUUGUUAAUCCUUCUUUCUAUAAGCCAUGGUUUUCAAAACACCUCUGUAUAAUUUGCACUAUUAUAAAGAAUAGGCCAAUAUUAUCUUAGACUCUUAAGAAGACGGCAUUAAUUAUUAUGAGCUAGUGAGUAAAAUAUGAGUGUGGUGAUAUCUGCUGUUGAACCUAUAUGAAUGAAGGAAAUCAACCAAUUUUUGUACAUAUGUUAUGCAAAAAUAUUUAUUUUUCUUAAGGACUUUAUUGAACAUUUGACCUAUCUUAGCACAUCUUGCAGAACCCGUGAGACCAAUCUGGGGCUACUGGAAAUCUUUCUGAUGGUAGCUACAGCCUUCAUUUAUACUGUUUGGAAAAUCUACAAGUGCAACUGCAUUAAUUCAUCUUCUAAGAAGAAGACGUUAAAAUUUAAUGAGGAUGGAAUUGCUUGUUUCUAGACUGGUACAGUGGCAGAACACUAUGCUACUAACUGGGGUUCUAACCUGACAAGCUAUGGGAAGCACUGAAAGUCAGUCUGAGCUGGAGCACCUUCUGCCAAGUUAAUCAGAUGAUAAAUUAUCCAGGAAGCUAUUUUGUUCUAUCCCAUAGAACAAAAUAAAUUGCUUGGUUUAAGCAGGUAAAGGAAAAAUUAUGGAAGUUUUGGAUUUGCCAAUGAAAUUUAACAAUAUGUAAUGUACAGAAAAAAUAAAUCACGUACAAUAUUCUGCACUUGCUUGUUCUGAAUCCAGUUUUGUACAGUGUAAUAAAUCAUGGUUUUAUCUGUUAUUCCUAGAAGCCUCUGGUGCAUAGAGAUGAAUCAAUUUGAAUUUUGUAAGAUCUUUCUGUAACCUGUUGUCUAUAGUAAUCGGUAAUGGAAUGAGAAGCAUACAAGGACUUCUAGUGCUAUUGCUUUACAGUAGUUUGUUGUAUUAGCCCUUUUUGUAAUAGCAGAGCAGUGACUGUUAAUCGGCUGCACAAGAAGAGGAGAAUAUUUAUGUCCUCAAAAAUAGGUUUAUGUUAACUUAAAUCUUGGUAAUUUAAUUGCUAAUUUUUGUGGAUUUUUCAAUACAGGGUUUUGUGGA